AUGGCUACAGCAAACGCUCAGCUUACCACAGAUACAGCGAUAAGAUUUGAAGAAACUGCAGAUUUAGCCACCUUAUUUGCAGAAGGUGAAGAAGGGAACGGGGAUCCAACUGAGAAUUGGAACCCAAGACCACCGCAACAAUCAGGGCAAAAAUUAAACAGUUUUCAUUCACAAUUAGAAUAUCAAUCUGAUAACGAAAAUAAUAGCGAGAAUAACAGCGAUUGCUAUAUAGAGGAUAUUUUCGAGAGACCUACUACCGCAGCACGAGACGUGCUUAGCCAGGGUUACGGGCGAGUGGAACAACUAUGUGAUGACGGUAAUCAUGAAUCUAGAUAUUUGCAACAACAACAAGGCUACGGGCAGAGACAGCGACCUCAAAAAGAAGAUAAUUCUGACUCGGGAUAUCCGAAUCAGGUGAUUAGCAAAGAGUCGGCACUGCCAAUGCAAGAUGAUUAUGAUGAAGAUCAAAUAUUUCAAGGCCAACAGUAUACACAUCCCGGUGUUGUAGGAUCCCCUCAAAAAAAAGCGAAUAAAAAUUAUAAUAAAAAUAAAAUAUUUAAAAACAACCACAGACAGUAG